AUGGCAGGCACCGAUGGCGAUCCCUUCGACUGGGAUGUCGACAAGGUGGUACAUGAGCUUUGCAUCGCCGACAAGCGCCCCUGGCUGCCCAGACAGGCUAGCAAAAGACCCGAUCCCCAAACUCUUUCCAACGCCCUGAGAGAGAACGAGAUCGAUGGAGAGACCCUGCUGACAUACGAAGAUGUCAUGUCAUCCACGAAAGGCCUCCUUGAGACCCUGGGUCUCACCAAACCAGCACACCAGAUGACUCUGGUUAAGGCCAUUACUUAUCUCAAGUCCAAGAGCGCCGGUUACCGACAGCACAAAAUUGAUUCAGCGAGUCAAGAGCUCGAGUCUCAGAAUAGCUCUCAGGAAGCGCCCGUCGACGAUAUCCAACAAACUCCUCUACAGCAAGAGUCUAGCCCACCACAGUCCUCCAGUGAUCUACCUCGUCGUGAAGAAUCCAUCGCAGAGCAGCUCGUCGGUUUGGCAAAUACGAAGGCGAACGGCGAUCUCGAGGAACCGCCUCAGAAAAGGCGGAGACUAGCGCCUGUCUUGAUCUCCACGGAUGUCGCUGGGCUUGGCGACGCAAACUUUCCCCACGCGGCGACAGGCGUUACACGACAUUUUCCUCGCAGUUACUCGAAACCGGAUUGGUUGGAUACCACAUCCAACGCCUACUUUGGCACUCAGGCUUUGAUUACCGCUGACCUGGUCCCCAAGUCGAACUUCGUCGUCAGCGAAGACAGCACGCUCGCACAGAGUGAGAUCAAAGGCUUGGCUCCGGCGGGAGAGCAUGUCCUCGACCUAGCUACUCGUGGCAAGGUACCUGCGGGAAAACGUCGUCAGAUACACCGGGCUAUGUCACGACUGUUUCGUAAAAAUAACGAAUCUCUGAACAGUCUCAACAGUGGCUUUCACCCCCAAGUUGAGCCCUCGGACGAAGGAGAUGAGAUUCUGCCAGCUUUCGGCGAGUCAGACGACGAGGAAUACGAUUCCGACACCAUGAGAGAAAUGGAAGAAGAGGCGGAGGAAAUCAGACAAGAGAAAGCCCGGAAAUCCCACUUGCUUUCUGGCGACGAUGUCGACCGCGUGAUGCAGGAAGAAAUACUGCGCAUGGAAGAAUCCUGGGAGGAGAGAAAGCUUCCCCUGAAGCAAAGACAUGCGAAGGCGCUAUGGAACCGAGCACGCCGGCAAGGUCUCAAGCGGGCUAUGGCACAGGCCCACGCACGACUGGCGGGGUUCACCAACCGGAUUGAGAAGCUCUGCCUCGAGAUGCGACGGAAUGAGUGGCACGACGAGGAUGAGCUGAAGAAGCAGAUGCGCUGUCUCGAGGCCAGCGUUGAAGAUCGGAAGAAAGAUAGAUGGUUCCUCGACGUUUUGCAGGGCCCCGAGCCUCCUGGACCAGAGUCAUUGCCAAGGUUCCUGUUACCGACUGCUCAACGCGAGGUUCUGUCCGAUGAGGACGGUGAGGUCAUCACAAGCGACGACGACGAUGGCUUCGUCAUCGACGAUAUGAGAGGCAUUGCGUUCACUUCCGAGCCGGUUGAGACUCGGCCUGGUACCCCCAUGGACCUAGACAACCCAGAACAGACGGUAGAGAUUGAUCAAAGUCCCUCUGCGCUGCCACAAGAAUCGAUGGCCAAGACCUCUGUAGAUCCCGGAGGUCAUCAGGUUAUCGAUCUGACAUUUUCCGAAUCUGAAGCAGCAGCACCGCAAAAAGUUCACAUCAGCCUGAUUACUCCAACCAAGCCGAGGGAUGUCCGUCCGAGCACGGAGAUGGAUGUCGAUGAGCCGCAAACCUACCCUGACGAGGAUCUUGAAAUUCCGAUCGAUCGACCAGCGGAAAUUGCAGCUAUUCCACCGGAAGUCUGGAAGGAUCAUAAAGACCGUGAACGACUCUUGAUCUGCGUCUUAUGGAGAGUCCAGAGGAAGAAGUUGCAGAAGGACGUAUUCUCAAUCUUCCUCAGACUGACCUCUAGCUCAGUUUGGGAAGAUAUCAUUUUACCGGCAUUGUCAGACGACGAGGGCCGAGAGUUCUUUGGUGAAGUGUGCAACUUGGCAGCGCGACUAUUCAGAGUUUUCGCCCUCUGCAGAGUUCAAACUUCUGGGUCUAGCAUUACGAGAAGGAUCACUGGCACCAAGGCGAAGAAACUUCGGGCGCAAGCGGCGCUUUUCGAGCUCUUUUAUAACUUUAUGAGAGAGAUUGAACCUUACUUCGUUGAUCAAAACGAGACAGAUGCCGACUUAGAGGACUCGGAAAGACCUUCAGGUGACGACAUUGAAGACUCUUCGUCUAAGAGACGAAUGAAACCCGUUGUACUCGAUCAAACUGCAAAAGAUCUUCGAGAGACCGACCAGCAACGUUUGCAAGAGCAGGAGAAGCGACGGAUCGAGCUACGUAAGAAGCUGGCCGCGUCCGCCAUUAUUCCCAGCGACAAAUCGCGGUUGAUCAUCAACGAAUCCAAACAGGAUGAUCAAGGCUUGAUCUACAUAAACGAAGACAUAGGCCGGCGAAUCAAAGAGCAUCAGAUUCAGGGCGUUCGCUUCAUGUGGAACCAGAUUAUCUGUGAUCCCAAAGUACGACAGGGAUGUCUCCUGGCUCACACCAUGGGCCUCGGCAAGACUAUGCAAGUCAUUACUCUGCUUGUCGCAAUCGCCGAGUCAGCACAGUCUCCCGAUGAAUCCAUCAACUCCCAGAUACCGAAUGACCUGAGACAAUCGAAGACCUUGGUGCUGUGCCCGUCCCUAUUGGUCGAUAAUUGGUUGGAUGAGAUGCUGAUGUGGGCUCCCGAAGGCCUCCUCGGGCCCUAUUUCAAACUCGAAUCUGCUACCAAACAGAACGAACGGAUGCCCAUCAUUCGUCGAUGGGACGAGGAGGGUGGCGUCAUGAUCAUUGGGUAUGACAUGUUCAAGCGGUUGGUUGACGAACCUGGUGAAGAGCUGCCGAAGGAAAAUGAUGGCAAAACGGCCUGGGAUAUUCUGACGCAAAGCCCGAACCUGGUCGUAGCCGAUGAGGCUCAUAAGUUGAAGAAUCCAGACUCCAAGAUUGGCUUGGCUGCUUCACAGUUCAGGACUCAGAGCCGGAUUGCGCUUACCGGCUCUCCCCUUGCGAACAGCGUCGAGGAAUACUACUACAUGAUUGACUGGGUAGCACCUCGAUACCUUGGGCCUCCUUCCGAAUUCCGAGAUCUUUACACCAGGACAAUUCAGGAAGGCCUCUACGAAGACAGUACCCGCAGCCAAUUCCGCAUGGCCAAGAAGCAGCUUGCUGUCCUGGAGAAGACAGUGGCCCCAAAGGCACAUCGAGCUACCAUCAAAAGCCUGUCGAAGAAUGACCUUCCGCAGAAGACAGAGUUCAUCCUGACUGUCCCGGUCACGGACUUACAAGCUCGGCUUUACGACGCAUACCUUCAGUCUGCGAGGGGCGACGCGGACCAACAGGUUUCGUCAAGGAUCCUAGGAAUUGUCAGUAAUCUAGGCCUUAUCGUCAACCAUCCUAGAUGUUGGCAAAACAAGCUUGCACAGGAACGCCGUCUAGACACUAGCAAAAACCCAAGCAACCGCUCAGCUAACCUAGCGUUAUCUCCGGCGGUGGUCAGUAGCGGACUCAAGAUGAUGAACCGUCCGAAACUCGACAUUCAAUCUGCGGUUUUGUCAUGGAAAACGCGUCUCCUCGUCGCCAUUCUUGCCGAAAGCGAAAAGAUGAAGGACAAGGUUCUUGUUUUCACAUCAUCAAUUCCGACAAUGGACUACUUGGAGAACCUUCUGCGCCAACAAAAGCGCAAGGUGGCGCGUUUGGAUGGGUCUACACCAAUCAACUUGAGGCAGCAACAUAUCAAAAACUUCAAUUCUGGCGACACUCAAGUUUACCUCAUCUCAACAACCGCCGGAGGAAUUGGACUGAACAUCUAUGGGGCAAAUCGCGUUGUCCUCUUCGACUUCAAGUACAACCCUGUCAACGAACAGCAGGCAGUCGGCCGAGCUUACCGGAUCGGCCAGCAGAAGCCUGUUUUCGUCUACAAGCUUCUGUCUGGAGGCACAUUUGAGUCUGCAAUGCAGAACAGAUCCGUUUUCAAAACCCAGCUAGCUUCUCGCGUUGUGGAUAAGGAGAAUCCAAAGCGGUGGUCGAAGAAGGACAAUGAAUAUCUAAAGGACCGCGAAACACCGCCGCAUCAGGACUUGACUCAUCACAUGGGCAAGGACAGCGUCCUGGAUAGUUUGCUGAGCAACCCGGAACUCUCACAGGGUAUCUGUGACAUUGAGACUACGGAUACCUUUGAGGAGCAUGAUCCGGACGAUGUUCUAACAGCUGAGGACAGGAAAGACGUGGAAGACCAAGUUCGUAUGCAUUCUCUUCGCAUUACUGACCCUGAGGAGUACAGGAGACUGGAACAGGAGAGACUGAGCCGCGCAAUGCCAUCUGUGGUCGGUCAAGCCAUACCUCAGACUUCGAUUCCCCAUGCAGGGCUGCCUCGAGGCACCGUUACCGCUGCUCCAUUGGGAAGCCAAACCCCGAUCAAUGCACCAAGCGUCCCGCAAGUUCUCGUGAGCCACCAACAGAGCCCAGCAACCCCUGGAGGGCCAACUACAGGUAUUAGUCACGCAGCUGAGCAGAAGCUACCGUCUGACCCGGCUGUUCCUGGAUCUGCAAAUACGCCAACUUCAUCGGUACAACCAGUUCUGAAUUCGGGAACGCCCCACCAAACUCCCGAUUCACGAGGUGCUCCACCGAUGCCCAUAGCUGGUGCUAACACUCACUUCGGAACUCAUCCUGAGAACAUCGCGGUGCUGGACGGACAAAAUGCAUCUGCUGCCGCUAUAGAGAGUCCCAAGCCGCAGGCCAAGAAGGCGCCUAAGAAACGCCCAUCUUUGAUCAACUGGCCUUACCAAUUCGAGCAAAAGAUCAUGGAGGCGUCCCAGAAGGUUAAAGAUACCGAAUUGCUCGUCCGAAUCACAGAAAACCCCAAGGAUAUUGCAAAACGAGUCGCACACUCUACGUGGAAAAUCAGGGAGGACAAGAAUUUUGGCGAGUGGCCCAACCAAUCUCACAUGAAGGCACUCUGCCGCCUCAUGGAGAGUCCGAGGUUCGCAGCGGCAAUCCUCACGGGACACUUUACUCCAGCUGAGCUGGCCCUCGCGCCGUCCGUCGAGGCACUGGAAGAUAUGGAAAAGGCGUUGGCGCAGCUCGGAGACCGGGAGUUUUGCGAACGGUUGAAAUUGGGUACCGACCAGCCCGAGGAGCACAACCAGUUCCCGAACGCAGACGGUCGAACGAGUACGUAUGCUACGGCGGCGAAUAUACGGGGCCCAGCGAAUUUCGUGAUGGACGAUAUGCAGGUUUUGAGGGACGUGGAAGGUCGCAGGCAGCAUCGAACACCCAGACUUCCAACAUGGGCUAGCAAGGCUGCUGCUCUGCGUCAAUCCAAGGCCAUGUGCCCCUUCUUGAAGAAGGCCUCGCCCGCUAAGCUUCGCGCGCUGUCUACCUCGGCUCGUCCCCAUGCCGUCCAGGCCCCUCAGACGGCCGUCGCCGUUUCCCCUUGCGGCGGCACCAUGUCCAAGUUGCAGCUCCUCGCCCACCGCUGCCCCGUCAUGGGCAAAGCUCUGACUGUUCAGUCGGCUCAGUAUGGCCAUGCUGCCAAGACUGCGAACUCGUCUGUCGCCGGCAUUCGCGCUUUAAGCACCAACUCAAAGUCCGGUCGUGCCAGCAUCCAUACCAGCCGCAGCAACGAUGCCCGCGCCGUGGACACUCCUUUCGCUAACGGACAUGACAAGACCCGGCUUCCCCCGAACAUGGCUACUCGCCACAACUCUGCGAACAACGUUGGCAUGGGUAAUUCGGAUGCCUCGAAGGCCAAGUUUAAUUACGAGGCCUAUUACACGUCCGAACUGGAGAAAAAGCAUAAGGACAAGUCAUACCGCUACUUCAACAACAUCAACCGUCUGGCCAAGGAAUUCCCCCGUGCCCAUAUGGCCGACAAGGAGGAGCGUGUGACUGUGUGGUGCGCCAAUGACUAUCUCGGAAUGGGUCGUAACCCCCACGUCUUGAAAUCAAUGCACGAGACCUUGGACGAGUACGGCGCCGGUGCUGGCGGCACGAGGAACAUUUCGGGUCACAACAAGCACGCCGUCGACCUUGAGGGCACCAUCGCGAAACUGCACGCAAAGGACGCAGCUCUCGUCUUCAGCUCAUGCUAUGUUGCCAACGACGCCACUUUGGCCACCCUGGGCAGCAAAAUGCCUGAUUGUGUCAUUCUAUCCGACAGCUUAAACCAUGCCUCCAUGAUCCAAGGUAUUCGUCACUCCGGAACCAAGAAGAUCGUCUUCAAGCACAACGAUGUGGCGGAUCUCGAGGCGAAGCUGGCUUCUCUCCCCUUGCAUGUUCCCAAGAUCAUUGCAUUCGAGUCGGUCUACAGCAUGUGCGGCUCGAUCGGCCCCAUUGAGGCCAUUUGCGACUUGGCGGACAAGUACGGCGCCAUUACGUUCCUCGACGAAGUCCACGCCGUCGGCAUGUACGGACCUAAUGGUGCAGGUGUCGCGGAGCACCUUGACUUUGAAGCACACCAGCAAGGACGCCCCAAGGGCAGUAUCAUGGAUCGCAUCGAUAUUAUCACCGGCACUCUUGGCAAGGCUUAUGGAUGCGUUGGCGGAUACAUUGCCGGCAGCGCCAAGCUCGUCGACAUGAUCCGCUCCCUUGCUCCUGGAUUCAUCUUCACCACCUCCCUUCCCCCUGCGACAAUGGCUGGUGCAAAGACCGCCAUUGAGUACCAGAUGGAUUAUGACGGUGACCGUCGUCUCCAGCAGCUUCACACCCGCGCGGUGAAGGAAGCCCUCGGCGACCGCGAUAUUCCCGUCAUCCCCAACCCAUCCCACAUCAUCCCGAUCUUGGUUGGCAACGCCGAGCUUGCCAAGCAGGCAUCGGACAUGUUGCUCCAGGACUACCAGAUCUACGUGCAGUCCAUCAACUACCCCACCGUUCCGGUCGGCCAGGAGAGACUGCGUGUGACGCCCACUCCGGGCCACAAGAAGGAGUACCGCGACCAGCUUGUGCAGGCCAUUGAUGAGAUCUGGACCAAGCUUGGCAUUAAGCGCACCUCUACUUGGGCUGCUGAAGGUGGCUUCAUCGGUGUUGGGGAGGCCAAUGCGGCCCCCGAGCAGCCCCUGUGGACCGACAACCAGCUUGGCAUCGAGCAAGCUGCGAAGGAGAUUAAGGCUGCGGGCAACAUCAACAGCGGCUUUGUCGAGGCCCUGUUGGAGCGUGAGGCCAAGACGGCUGGUCAGGCCGUGAGCUCUACUAUCUGA